AUGGCUGAUUCCGGCUUCCAGUACCAGCCGUUGCAGGAGGGUGAAACGACAAGGUUGCUAACACUGCUCCCCGGAGAGCGACUCGAUGCUUUGAGAGGAACACUUGAAGUCGUUUCUAUCGACUGUACAGGGGAUUAUGAGGCACUUUCAUACGUCUGGGCAGACCCAGGGCCACCGCAUGUCGCUUACGAGAUUCUUAUCUGUGAGGGUGAGAAGGAUGUUAAGCUGUUGACACUGAGAGGAGGAUCCAUUUUUGCGGCUCUGCGCCAACUGCGUCUUCCAGAUAAACCACGUCGCAUCUGGGCUGAUCAGUGCUGCAUCAAUCAGGACGAUCUGAAAGAGAGAAGCCAACAAGUUCAUCUAAUGAACAAGCUCUAUCGUAACGCAACUCGAGUGGUGGUAUGGCUCGGCAUGGAUACCGCGAACGAAGCAGCCGACGCUUUCAGCCUUAUCCAUGAGCUUGACGAGGCUCUACAACGUCGUGAAGAGCAAGUGCAUGUUGAGAAAGAAGCGGUCAAACGACUGGAACAGCAUCUCCAAGAGAAUCGACUAACUCUCCAAGCCUUGACUGAUCGCUCAUGGUUCAAGCGCGGUUGGAUCGUACAAGAGAUUGGCACCGAGACACCAGCGACGAUGAUGUGGGGCGACGCCAUGAUCGAUUGGAAACUGCUGGCGGUCGUGUGCGAGAGACUUAAGAGCUACCAUGAACUUCGCAGCUCCUCAGGUAUUCGAACUUCCGACAUAUCGUUUUUGUAUCGAAGGUUCAUCGAGCCCGAUGAGAGCACUCACCACGCAAAUCGUUUCAACUUGGUCUAUGAGCUCCAGCGAUCUCGUCAUCUCCAGUUCACCGAUCCCAAAGACCGCGUCUUCGCUUUCCUCGGUCACUUUUCUGUCCUCUCGCACCAUUCUCUCGGCUGCGGACCCGUCACUCUCAAUGUUGACUACACCAAAAAUGUAAAGCAGACGUAUACGAAUGUUGCAGUACAGCUUUUGCGAGCAAACUCAAGCACAGCCUGCAUUCUCUUAGCAGCCGUGCAGCACCCUCGUCGCAGCCUUCCAAGCGCCUGCACAACUGAAGCCGAAGCGGAGCUGUUUUGGGAUUCGUGGCUUCGAGAAGAGAAAACACUGCCAUCCUGGGUGCCCGACUGGACCUGGUCAGAGGGUAUCAUACUCGCCGAACCUAUAUGCCCGCACUAUGCGCAUGGAAGCUCCAUCGCACAGCUCGAAGUCUUGACACAGGCCGACGUUAAGCCAGAGCUUCGAAUUGGUGGUGUGGAGAUCGACACCAUCGUUGGAUGCUCGCAGCCGUUGCUUGGGAACGACUUCUACAGGAAGAAGGCACCUGACGGACCUCCCGCCAUAGUAGAACGGCUCUGGCACGAGCUGUGUGGAGAGCAAUGCUUUAAUCUAGCUCAGGCAUACGUGAACGGCCAGUCGGCAUUCUUCGCGCUCAUGCAAACACUAAGCAAUGGUUGCGUUCAAGCUGCAGGACACGACUGCACACUCUAUCAUGAGAUACCCGAGACCUUGUGGUUGCAGAAAGCAGCUCGUUAUAUCGUAGAGACUUUGAGAAAGUGCGAAAUCGGCGAAGACGUAGUGGAAGCAGCAAAAGCGGUGGGUGCCGAGCAAGAUCGCGAGAAAUGGAGUCGUUGGGCGAGCUCUGCCUCAGAUGGUCGAGUCUUUGCAAGGACGGACAAAGGUUACUACGUACUUGGACCUUCAGCCCUGGAACCAGGAGACGUAGUUUGUGUGCUCUUCGGGAGUAAAGUGCCGUUCUGUCUCAGACCCAUGGGCAGUCGUCGUCUACUCGUUGGCGAGUGCUAUGUUCACGGAUUGAUGAAGGGUGAAGCGAAAGAUAUGCUUGAUCGAGGAACACUCGAUUCUCGAGUGUUCCGCAUCGCUUAA